UUUCCGAGUGCAAAGGUCAGUCCGUGACGUCACGGGACGAGCAGACAUGGCGGCCGGACAGUGAUCAAACCCGAUCAGGGAUGCCCGCCACGGAUUUUCUCGCUUUUCUCAGCUCAUCCCAGCGUCAUUUCUUCCCAGAACCACACUAGAUUCAUAGCAUUACCUCAAAGGUUUGUCUCUAGCACCGUUUUAGCGUCCGAUUGUGAACAGGAGCGACGGACUGGGAGAAUUCGUGCAUGUCAAUUUCGUUAUUUUUCAAUUUCCACAACAACAGACUGUUGAAGAGCGCCAUCUUCGCCUACAUUUGGACGGGAUUUUUGUCGCCGGGACAGCAGAAUUUCCUGGCAGCGUUUGAACAAACAGUCAUGCUUCGUUCUCUUUGAUUCGAGGGUCCUUUGUUUAGGCCUUGCUUUCCUUUGGGAUCUAAUUUUCCACGAACUUCAGUAGUAUAUAGUCUGGCCAUUUUCCAUCAACACCCCGUGAGUGUGUGUGGAUAUAACAGUUAUUAGAUCAUAGACCCUCCCUCCAGCAUAUUUCCAGCGAUCGCAAACCCCCGGAUAUUCCAGCUUUAACAACCAGCCAUGGCUGACGGAGAGUUCGAAGGGUUUGUGGACGAUGUUCUGGGGAAGGACACCACCAAGCGGCUGGCCGUGGCCGAGGUUCUGGUGACGUACCUUCAGGACCACAGCUCCCCCCUCCCCGCAGAUUCUGCGCUCAUGGACCGCCUGGUGGACGGGCUGGCGGCGUGGCUCAACACCUCCAACUUCAAGAUCUGCCUGAAUGGGAUGGAGGUCAUCAGUCAUCUCAUCAUCCGGCUCAAGGAGAAGUUCAGACAUCACAUCAACACAGUGUUGCCGCCUCUGAUAGACAGACUAGGAGAUAGCAAAGACCAGGUUCGAGAACAGGCACAGGAGCUUAUACUGAGACUCAUGGAGCCAGUGUCAUCACCACAGUAUGUGUUUGAGAGAAUGAUGGGGGCGUUUGGACAUCGGAACUUCCGGGUUCGAGAGGAGGUGCUGAUCUGUCUCGUGGCCACCAUCAACACGUUUGGUGCUGGCUCGCUCACCCUCAGUAAGAUUGUGCCACACAUAUGUAAGCUGCUGGGAGACCCUAAUAGUGCUGUUCGGGACAUGGCAAUCAACUCGCUGGUAGAGAUCUACAGACAUGUAGGGGAGAAGGUCAGGGUCGACCUCAGCAAGAAGGGCAUCCCCUCGUCAAGGUUGUCUGUGAUCUUCCAGAAGUUUGAUGAAGUGAAACAGUCCGGAAGGAUGCUGGCAGUCUCCUCAUCCUCGUCCCUCCGGUCCAGCAGUUCUGGUGACGGGGAUGAGACAGACUCUGCCAAGGUAGCGAGAAUGUCGGGGGCGAAGCGUGUGUCCAGUGCCCCCCCUCGGCGGCCGGCGUCAGCUGGUAUGAAGCCCCCGCUGGCUCCGUCGUCGUCAGCAGGUGCAGGCGGGGCGGACGAGGAGAUGUUUAUCAAGUACUUCGAAGAGGUCCCCAAAAUCAAUCUUUUUUCGCCCAGAGAUCUGGAGGAUCACAUGCAGAAGAUCAAGGACACUUUGGGAGACGACAAGUGUGACUGGGAACAGAGAGUAGACUCCAUAAAGAAAUUGCGAUCGUUGCUGGUGCACGGAGCCAUGGAUUACGACAACUUUCUACAGCAGCUGAAACUGUUGGAGCCAGUUUUCAAGCUGGCCGUGCGAGACCUGCGCUCUCAAGUUGUUAGAGAAGCUUGUAUUACUUUAAGUUAUUUAGCACAAAGGCUACAAAGUAAGUUUGACCACUUUGCGGAAGUGGUGAUGCCCAACCUGUUCAACCUCAUCCCCAACAGUGCAAAAAUCAUGGCUACAGCAGGAGCUGUCACCUGUAGGUUUAUUAUACAGUACACCCACGCCCAUAGACUGAUCCCCAUCAUCACUAGUCAUCACAACUCCAAGUCUGUUGCCAUCAGAAGGAAAACAUUUGAACUGCUAGACCUGUUGUUACGAUCGUGGGAGACAAAUACUCUAGAAAAACACUCACAAACUCUAGUAGAAACGAUCAAGAAUGGUAUAGGAGACGCCGACUCUGAAGCCAGAGUAGACGCUAGAAAAUGUUUCUGGGCCUUUAAGGAGCACUACCCCAACCUGAGUGAGAACCUGUUAAAACUGCUGACUCCUGCGCAGAAGAAAGUUCUCCUGGGAUCUCUUGCUCACUCUUCCUCGUCAGACAGCCUGGCAACGCAGUCCACGCGCCUCCGCGCCUCCUCCUCGGAAAACGUGAGGUCUGUACCGGGAAGCGCUCGACGAACACAUACAGCCCCGUGCACAACGCCCUCUAAGCUGCCUAAGAAAGACAAAGGAGAUGCCAAGACGCCGGCUGGAAUCCCGCUGUCCCGUUCCCGUAGCGAUAUUGACAUGUCCGCCGCCUCUCGUGCCAAGACUCGCCUGGGAACAGGCAUGUUGUCUACCGCACACAUGAGAGCAGGGGCUACAGCUUCGUUAGGCUGUUCCUCCGGCUCAGAGACCGAAUCGCAAUGCUCAGAUUUGGACUAUGGCUACAGUAGGGCGGGAGAAUGUGGGAGUCAAAGUGCAAAGAAAAAGCAACCAGGUCGGAACUGGAAAGCCCCGCGGACGUCCCCGGGUGCAGCGGCAGAGAAAGCUGCGGAGGCGAGAGGGCGACAGGCUGGCAGACAAACACGCGUGUCGCAGUCUCAACGCCGGUCACGCUCCUGCUCUGCCGCGGCUCUUGUCCCCAAGCUGAAGAUAGUUGACAUUGACAUCUCCUCGACCUCUGACCUUGCAACCAGCAGAGAGCGUCGUCUGAGUGAGAGUAGCGGUGGGAGAAGACCGGUGCUGGGACCUGCGGAGAGAAGACCUGUGUCUUCACGGGCUGCCAGCUCAGCGAAUCCACCAGUAACAGCCCUAAGAGUCCUGGGUCCAGGCAAAGAUGUAGAAGCAGCAGUGGCAGAUGCACUGUAUGACACCCUGUGUCACCCACAGAGACGACCAAUGAGACGACGCUACGAUGUCUAUUCGGAUGAUGACGACAGCGAAAUUUGUUCCGUUUCUUCGGACAAGUCAAACGGUUCAAGUUACGGCCGUCAGCUCGAGCAACAAGACAUCGCAGAGAUUCUGAACAAGUGUGGCAGCACCUCCUGGGCUGAGCGGAAGGACGGGCUACUGGGGCUACAGGCCAUGCUCAGGGGCAACCAGAUGCUCAGCCGUGCUGAGCUGAAGCGAGUGACAGAACUGUUUAACCGGAUGUUUGCGGACCCCCAUGGUAAGGUGUUCAGCCUGUUCCUGGAGACGCUGGUGGACCUGCUGAUGGUGCACAAGGCUGACCUGACAGACUGGCUGUACGUCCUGCUCACUCAGCUGCUGAAGAAACUGGGAGCCGACCUGCUGGGCUCCGUACAGGCCAAAGUACAGAAGGCUCUCGACACAGCCAGGGACAGUUUCCCGUACGACGUCCAGUUCAACAUCCUGAUGCGGUUCAUCGUGGACCAGACCCAGACGCCCAACCUGAAGGUGAAGGUGGCCCUGCUGAGGUACAUGGAGCAGCUCAUCGUCCUCAUGGACCCGCAGGACUUCAUCAACUCCUCCGAAACCAGGCUGGCCGUGUCACGCAUCAUCACAUGGACCACCGAGCCCAAGAGUGUGGAGGUUAGAAAGGCUGCCUCAGCUGUGCUGAUUGGUCUGUUUGAACUGAACACGCCCGAGUUCAGCAUGAUGCUGUCGGUUCUGCCCAAGACCUUUCAGGACGGAGCCACCAAACUACUCCACAACCACCUCCGCAACACCAGCAAUGCCAACCAGGGCAGCCCACGAAGAACUACCCCAGUGCAAUCCCCCCGCAGCGGGCUGACCUCCCCCCUGGCCAGACUUGGUAGCCUCCGCAACGCCUCGCCUGCGGGCAGCGUGGACUACGAUGCCGAGAACAUGAACUCUGAGGAAAUCUACAACUCGCUCCGACAGACGACCGCAGAGAUCCAGAACUACAACUUCCACCACGACGACCACGAACCUAUCAAGUUAGACAAGAAAAAAGACAGCGAUGAGGUAAUAAAGGUUUCAGGGGACAGUGGAAUCACCAGCUCCAUGCCGGACAUUCGGUCUGACAGCCCAGACGCCAAGAUUGUGCACUCAGACCAUGCCGGGGAUUCCCACUCUAAAAAACAGGGACUCUACAACCCAACUCAGUAUCAAGAUGAGAACAAUGUGAAUGCCUACAAUAGAGCAGCUCUAGCAGAGGCCACAUUUGAUGAAGACUUUAGUGAAUCUGUACCCCUUGACCAAUCAGAGAUGAUAGCAGAACUCCUGAGAGAAUUGUCCAAUCAUGACGAAAGACAAGACAAAGAGAAGUUUGUGGCACAUCGACUGAGAGUUGAGGAGCGGAAGUCAGCCCUCCAACAGCUGAUCAAACUGACGCGGGAAGACGCGGUCGGACUUUGGGACGAGCACUUCAAGACCAUCCUGCUGAUGUUACUGGAGACGAUGGGCGACCGAGAGGCUGCUAUCCGCGCUCUGUCCCUGAGAGCCCUCCGUGAGAUCCUGCGGAACCAGCCCGCCAGGUUCAAGAGCUACGCUGAACUCACCAUCAUGAAGAUCCUGGAAGCUCACAAGGAUGUGCAGAAAGAGGUGGUCCGAGCUGCGGAGGAAACCUGCAGCACGGCUGCCAACUCCCUGCAGGCAGAGCAGUGUGUCCGUGUACUCUGUCCCAUCGUACAGACGGCAGAGUAUCCCAUCAACCUCGCUGCCAUCAAGAUGCUCACAAAGGUUGUUGAGAUGAUGGCUCAGGACCUGCUGAGUCCCUUGCUGGAUGACAUCAUGCCGGGGCUGCUGCAGGGGUAUGAUAACCAGGAGAGCAGCGUGAGGAAGGCCAGCGUGUUCGCCCUGGUCGCUCUACACACCGUCCUGGGGGACGAACUCAAGCCUCACCUGUCCUCACUAACAGGCAGCAAGAUGAAGCUAGCUAAACCUGUACAUCAAGAGAGCAGAGGGCGGAUCCGCCAGCUCAGCUUCAUAGCAGUAACUGUCAAUCAUCAUGUUACCAUGACAACAGUACAAAAGGCGAGUCCCUCCAUGGAGACAGACUGUGCAGCACUUCAGUCAGUGUUUCUCCCUUGGCAGACCUUCCCUCCCCCAUUAUCCCCAAUUGGUAUAAACUGUAGACGUUUCCAAGAGAAGAAAACUGGGUUGUGCCAUUAUAUAGAGGGGUGCUCAAGUUGUCCAUGUUAGAAAUGUAGUUGACCUCUUGUACAAAAUGUUUCAAGUAACACCAUGCCGUGCGAAGCAUGUAAGUCACUAUCUUCAUCACUUUCCUACCAUAGAACACCCCCUGUGUAGUAUGGUUUGUUCCUAAGCUUGUAUUGAGUCUGUAUGGUUGUGGGUUGUGCCACAUCACAUGUGGGGAGGACAGGCAUUCUUGAUGAAACUGUAACAAGUGUACAAAAUGAUAGUUGAUGGAGUGUGUAUGUUACCCUUGCCAAAGAGAACAUGCUUCUUUUAAACAUAAGUGCACAUUUUCCAUACAACAACACACAGCACUGCAGACUUGCAGUAACAGAAACACACAAGACUACUUGCUCAAGUCAAAGCAGACAUAGUAACAUGAGUAAAAUUAGUAUUAGUGACAGAUUGUAAGGGUUCUAUUGUAGCUAUAAAGGGAUUGAAAAUCAAGUUGCUUUUAACUAUGGUUAACAACUAGUAUAAAGUCAGACUUUAAAAUACUUGAAUAAAUUUUAAAGUACAACAAUGAUGUUUGGAUAAUUAAAAACUUUGCAGCCAAGUUGUAAUGUAGCUCAGCAGUACGAGUGUAUGUGUGUAUCUGUUGUUAUGCGGCGUCCUUCUAUAAGGUGCUAUUCUGCCUUCUUUAUCAGUUCACACAAACACACACAGAUUCUGAAAACAUUGUAAACAAUUCUUACUGUCUCUGAUACAUAGAACCAGUGUAACAUUGCCUGUUAGUAAUAUGUUGUGUCUCCUUAUGGCUUGUUUACAAGGUAAACAGAAAAAUCUGUCGUACCACAUGUGCUGAACGUCAUUCAACGCAGGAGAAAUAAUUUUUUUGCCCCGUGUAAAUCGGCCCGUAGGGGAGGGUGAGUACCCAGCAUGCACCUGUUAACAUUUCCGCCAUUUUGAAUUUCCAUCAUCAGUAAUUCUGUAAUUGAAGGAACAUGGUUGGAUGAAGGACAAAAUUACAGAUUAUAAACAAAAUACAGUCAUUUGAUGCUUCAGCUGAAUAUUACAGCUUUUUGCCAAAUAUUCCAUUUCUGUAAGACCUUGACGACAUAUCUUAAGGUCAAAUGAACGUGGCCCAAUGCUUGUGAUUGGUUCCUGACUUGACCUUCAAAGGCCAUCUCUGAUUGGUCAAUUAAACAUGUUUGAAAGACGUGCAUCUCAUCUGGGUAGUGGUAACCCACCCUAUGAAACACCAACAUGACAUGGCACUGUUCUACAUGAUGCUUUGUUUAGACCAUGAUUUAGACCCUAACAUUUCUUGCUGAUUACAGUAUAUAGCAGCUUGCAGUCUCAGAAAUGAAAAUUAAAAGAGUAUGUUUAAUUCCUUGUUGGACAAUUACAUUAGGUAUGGUUACAAGAGUAAGGCUAUUGUGAGAAUGAUGUUCUCUUUUUGUCUCUGUUUCCUUCUUUCUCUGUAUGCAACUCUGUAUAUCAGUCUUCAUAUACUGUAGUUACCUUUUCUAACCUGGGAAGUAAGCUGCUAUUAUGAAAAUGAUGUCUUUAUGUCUGUAUUUCGGCAAGUUACAUUACAACACUUGCAAGUUGCUCUUUCUUUGUAUGCAGCUUUGUGUCUAUGCGUUACACUCAUAUACAUACAUACAUGUACUAUACUGCAGUGGAGUCCUUCAAAAGCAAUGUUCCCCCCAUCUACAACAUAGUAUUACUUCAAAAUUCACAUACAUGUGCAGUUUACCAUAAUAUUACUAUAACAUGUAGCAUUGAGAAUAUGUAUUUGUGUGGACAUUGUUUGCAAAGGUUUUUUUUUAAAGAAGACAUUUUUGCAGGGUGACCUAUGUAAAGAAGUGUGGCAUACAUAUAUCAUACCAUUUGUAUUUUAAGGCAAGAACUUUGAUAUCUUAUAACUGUUUUUGCUGGUCCCUUUUGGCAUACUACUAGUAUGAUUAGCAGCUGUUGCAACAUUUGUUGUCAUGUAUGAAACAGCAGCUUGUAUAUGUAUACAGUGGCAAGACUACAUGUGCAUCUAUGUUACAUUGUGUGGAUUUGUACAUAUGAAGCUUUUCCUAAGUGUAGGAGGGAAUUUUUUCCUCAAAAGAUGCUGUAUUGUUUCAGUGCAGCAGUUUUCCUUGUACAUUUCGUUUGUAGAUUUAGCCAAUUUUAGUCCCAUGCAUUAGUACACUGGAGAAGCAAGUAUGCGACAUAUUGAACAUGAUUUUUUUCAUUGUUUCAUUCUAUUAAGUACAAUGCAAUAUGCAUGAGUGAGAUUUUAGAGUAGAAAGUUUUGUGAACGUCCAAAUGAAACUGUGAAAUGCUAUCUUGGUCUUUAGAUAGAUGCCAUUUUGUUCCCUGUAAAUUUUUGCCACAAAAUAAAAUCCUAUGA